AUGAGCAGCUUCUUAGACUACUCGGUGAUGAGCGGUGAAGGUGGCUCGUGCUCAGUAAGGGCUUUCCACUCGGACCACGGGAUUACAACUUUUCAGUCGUGUGCAGUGACUGUCAACAACUGCGGUGCGGAUGAGCGUUUCAUGGCGAGCAGGGCUUCCCCUGACAUCAUACCCCACCAGCCGGGGUCAUACCAGACUACCGCGAGCUCUCUGGGUCUCGCCUAUGGGGCCCAUCCGGCCUGCAGCUCCAGCUAUGGACCCCAAAGUUUCUGCACUACCUAUAACCAUUACGCGCUCAACCAGGAAGUAGACUCCUCUGCAGGGUUCCCUCAGUGCGGCCCGCUGAUGUACUCGGGCAACAUUUCCUCCUCCAUGGUCCCUCAGCAUCGCCAAGGUUACAGUGGAGCACCCCUGAGUCAGCUGCAGUAUGCCCAUGCAGCAUACGGAGGCGGGCACGAGCAAGCAACCCCUUUUCCUGGAUGCUCGAACCCGCUGUCACCUCUGCACGCUGCUCACCUGGAGGCAUGCUGCUCACCUCUGUCAGAGGGAGCAUCUUCUGCACAGACUUUCGACUGGAUGAAAGUGAAGAGGAACCCACCAAAGACAGGUGGGUGCCACACGGCACAGAAAACACACCAGCUUGUAAAACAUCUAAACCCUUUGAAUCGAAGUUAAUGAAACAUGUUGGCAGAUGCUUUCACACUGGUGUAUAAUCAACCUCGAGUCUUCUGGGGUUCCGAGUUUUACGCUUAAGUUUACAUUUUCCUCUUGAUUGUGCCAUCAUUAAACACAGCGACAGUUGCUGUUUUGUAAUUAUUUGAGUUGUACAAAAAUGUACUGCAGCAUUGGUAAAAGUUGCUGACACUAAUUAACUGCCAACUAAAAGGUGCUCCCACUGCGUAAAAGUUACUCCCUGCUGCGUAAAAGUUGCAGUUCAGCUGCGUAAAAGUUGCCCCUGCUGCGUAAAACGUGCUUCUUGCUGCGUAAAGGUUGCCAAAUGUCGCAGGCUGUUAUAACUCAUGUUUUCUGUGGGUGGAGGAGACCUGAGGCGAAAUUACAUCUAUCUUUUUCUCUGUCCACAGGCAGGUCCGGGGAGUAUGGUUACGGGGGUCAGCCAAAUACGGUCCGAACCAACUUCACCACCAAGCAGCUGACAGAACUGGAAAAAGAGUUCCACUUCAACAAAUACCUGACCCGAGCGCGGCGAGUGGAGAUCGCGGCCGCGCUGCAGCUGAAUGAGACUCAGGUGAAAAUUUGGUUUCAGAACCGCAGGAUGAAGCAGAAAAAGAGGGAGAAGGAGGGGCUGCUGCCAGCCAAAGCUACAUCCUCUGACCAGGGCGAGAGGAUUCAAGAUAAAAUGGACGAUGUAGAGUCGGAGAAGUCAAUCUCAGCCCCAUCUACUCCAUCUCCUUCAUCCUCCACAGUCUCAUCCACAGGGGCUGAUCUUUACUCCUCCUCCAAUUAA